AUGCAGCAGCUAGGCCGAACGGCUGCAAAAGCACCACGCGCAGCUAGACGAGUAGGGAAUCGAGGCUAUGCCUCGGAAAGCGAAGGCAAGUCCUUCAAGGGUCAGUUGUAUGAUAGUACUGCCCAAAGGCUACAGAGAGAACGGGCUGACCAGCUUCGGUUCGCCGAAGCCCGAGCUGCUCAGAAGGGCUCUGGAGGGUCACCUGUCUGGAUGGUGCCACUCGUCCUACUGACUGGUGCUCUCGGCGGUUAUAUCGCUGGCCAACAGGCUCCAGCUGACCCUGCUCCGAACUCAACACUGCCGCUCACGGCCGCCCGUCCCCCAAAGCAUAACAUUGCUCCAACCAAUCUUGAAGCAGCAUGGACCGACUUCCGCGACAUCGUUGGACAGGAGAACAUUUCAACAGAGGCCUCGGAUCUUACCUCUCACGCAGGCUCUGAAUGGAGCUCUUAUCCUGCCCUCCCCGGGGAUCAGCCCUUCUGCGUCGUCAGGCCUGCAUCGACCGAACAAGUGAGCGAGAUAAUGAAAGUUUGCCAUCGUCGACGUAUUCCGGUUACUCCGUACUCAGGUGGAACGAGCCUGGAAGGCCAUUUUGCUUCUACAAGAGGUGGGGUAUGCAUCGACUUCAGCCGCAUGGACAAAAUCUUGAAGCUGAACAAGGAUGAUCUGGACAUAAUCGUGCAACCCGCUGUUGGGUGGGAAAAUCUGAACGAAGAACUCGCCGACCAUAACCUAUUUUUUCCUCCAGACCCGGGCCCAGGUGCCAUGAUUGGUGGCAUGGUGGGUACAGGAUGUAGCGGCACAAAUGCUUAUCGCUACGGUACUAUGAAGGAUUGGGUUCUCAGCCUUACCGUUGUUCUCGCAGAUGGAACUAUCGUCAAGACCAAGCAGCGUCCUAGGAAGUCUUCCGCCGGCUAUGAUUUGACCCGCAUGUUCAUUGGAAGCGAAGGCACGCUUGGAUUGGUCACCGAGGCGACGUUGAAGGUUACCGUCAAGCCUCAGAAUACCAGCGUUGCCGUUUGUACUUUUGCGUCAGUCAGAGAAGCGGCCAAUGCUGUGUUCAAAGUCGUAGGAGAAGGCGUGCCUAUUGCGGCAAUUGAAUUGCUGGACGACGUUCAGAUGCGAUGCAUCAACGACGCUGGACAGACCUCACGAUCGUGGAAGGAGGCUCCAACCCUGUUUUUCAAGUUCAGCGGAACUGCCACCGGUGUCAAGGAGCAUAUCGCCCUUGUCCAAAAGAUUGCUAAGUCCUCAGGCAGCAAGACGUUUGAGUUCGCGAGGAACCAGGACGAGGCACUAGAGCUUUGGAGUGCUAGAAAGGAAGCUCUUUGGAGCGUCAUGGCGAAGAAGCAGAACGACGGCGACCAUGUCUGGACUACGGACGUGGCAGUGCCCAUCUCGCGCUUACCAGAUAUUGUCGAGGAGACUAAGGAAGCCAUCGCGAAGAGCGGCUUGACAGGAGCUAUCGUUGGACAUGUUGGUGACGGCAAUUUCCAUGCAAUCAUCCUCUACAACGACAAGGAGCACAGUCUUGCAGAAGAUUUAGUCCAUCGUAUGGUCAAACGCGCCAUCGAGAUGGAAGGUACAGCUACUGGCGAGCAUGGCGUCGGCAUGGUCAAGAGAGAUUAUCUCGAGCAUGAGGUUGGACGCAGCGCUGUCGAUUUGAUGAGAAAGAUGAAGCUUGCUCUUGACCCUCUUUGUUUACUCAAUUGCGACAAAGUCGUCCGGGUACAACAGCCUAAGGCUGGUGAGGUGCAGGAGUGGUAG